AUGUCGCAAAUAUUGCUACACGGGGCUGUAUUAAUAUUUGCCAUGUCGUCGUGGCUGAGCAUUAACGCAUUCUUCACCCAGCUGCCGAUUUUGGCAAAUGUGGUACCUGAAUCCUGGAAUAUUGCCUCGUAUUUGGUGCUGAUCAUCCAGAUAUCAUGCAUAAUCCCAUUUUUGUAUGGCGUUAUGAAGCAUCGGUUGCCGAAAUUUGUGAAAGCCUAUGAGAAUUAUUUUAUUUUGGUGAUGCUCGUUCUUACAUGUGUCGGGCUAUUCUUAUCGACAUUUGCAUUCAAGGAUCGGUGGCAUGUUUUUGGAGCCGAGACGAUCAAUAACGUCACUGGUCAUAUCGAUUUUAUAAUUGAUGCUCGGCUCUCAUUCGAACACUUUAUGUAUAUUGUCGCGUCAUGUGGAAUUCUGUCUAUCUUUGCCUUUUUCUAUUUGAUCCAUUGGGUGCGUUACAAUUCCGGUGAUCAUACACCGGCACAAUUUGAAGCUGUGGAGACGGUCGAUGUUGAGAAGAAGCCAGUACUCUUCGGUACCCGCAUGGCUUGGCUACUUACACUCAGCUUUUGCGUUGGCGCCUUGCAAAACUCGGUGGUGCCUGUGCUUCUACAGUAUGCCGCUCAAGCAUACGGUCAGGAGACCUACCACCUUGCCAAUACAUUAUUCGUAAUGACGAAUCCGUUGUUUUGUCUGCUACAACUGUUUAUACUUAUCGAAAAAAUUCGGUAUUUCGUGAUCCUGUUUGUCGGUAGUAUGCUUCCGACAAUAUUCAUUGCCGUACUAUCGUGUUUGACAACAAAAGUCCAAUGGGCUGGCAUUGAAGCGAUACUUUGUAUCUGUGCGGGUCUCUCUGCCGGUCUUCUCUCAUGGUCAAAAACGGCGCUGGCUCAAUCUCUCCGCGCCAGUGAGCAUCCGAGAGCUUUAUUUUGGUGUGGAGCGGCAAUCCAAACCGGUUCCUGCGUCGGUGCUCUUGUUAUGUUCUGCAUGGCCAAUCUGCUACACCUUUUCCCUGGAUCA